GAUCUUCUUGUGGAGUGAGGUGCAAGUGCAUUGUGAAAGAAGCAGGGUCAGACCUUUGUCCAGCAGUCUGAGACCAUGUGGGCACCAUACAAACCAGGUAAUACUGCAUAGACUGAAAACAAACCCUUAGAAGAAGGGCCUGUGCACUGCUGUAUUGUUUUCAGCUUCACAUGAGUUCCACUUGGAGCAUAAAGUCAGACUACAGCCUCUCAUAUCCAGGAGAGAAGACAAUGGUCCUCCCUUCAAUCUGUAUUCUGGUUAUGAUAAAUAAAUAUAGAACAAUACAACAUGAAUGAGAAACUGGAUUCCAAUUCUUCAUUCAGUUGGCCUCACGUGCCAAGUUUCAAUGGGACAUACAAGCAUCCAUACACAGAAAGCAACAUUUCUUAUGUAGACUUCUACCUGCAUCAGCCUCCAGUGGCAGCAGUCUUCAUCAUCUCCUACCUCCUCAUCUUCCUCUUGUGUAUGGUUGGCAAUGGAGUGGUUUGCUUCAUCGUUCUGAGGAGCAAGCACAUGCGUACAGUUACGAAUCUCUUCAUCUUAAACCUUGCUGUCAGUGAUUUACUGGUGGGUAUAUUCUGCAUGCCUACUACCCUCCUGGACAACAUAAUAGCAGGAUGGCCCUUUGGAAGCAUGGUUUGCAAGAUGAGUGGCAUGGUCCAGGGAAUCUCUGUCUCAGCCUCUGUUUUCACUUUGGUUGCAAUUGCAGUUGACAGGUUCCGAAGCAUUGUUUACCCAUUUAAGCAGAAGCUUACCAUAUCGACUGCAGUUGUCAUCAUUGUUGUCGUCUGGGUGUUGGCUAUUGCUAUCAUGUGCCCAUCUGCUGUCAUGUUGCAGGUGCAAGAGGAAAAGUAUUUCCGAGUGAUUCUUGGCUAUAACAAUCAAACCAGCCCAGUAUACUGGUGCCGGGAGGAUUGGCCCAAUCAGGAAAUGAGAAAAAUAUAUACAACCGUGCUUUUUGCCAAUAUCUACCUGGCUCCACUGUCACUCAUCGUCAUUAUGUAUGCUAGGAUAGGUAUUGCUCUUUUCAACACAGCAGUGCCAACUACAAGAAAACAUGGCCAGGAGCAGCGCCAUGCUGUGUCCAAGAAGAAGCAGAAAGUCAUCAAAAUGCUCAUCACUGUGGCUUUGCUUUUCAUUUUAUCGUGGCUUCCCUUGUGGACUUUGAUGAUGCUCUCAGACUACGCCAAUCUGACAGAAGUCCAGUUGCAGGUGAUCAACAUUUAUAUCUAUCCUUUUGCUCACUGGCUGGCCUUUUUCAAUAGCAGCAUCAACCCCAUCAUCUAUGGUUUCUUCAAUGAGAACUUUCGCCGAGGUUUCCAGGCAGCCUUUAAACUUCAGCUCUGUUCUGGAGAGAUGUUUCGCAGGGACGUUUACUCCCAGCGAGGCCAAAGCAAUGCCAUUUUACCGGCAGCCGCUUGCCAGCCUGCCCAGGACCAAGCUUGUAAAAAGGCUGAGGAUGAGGGGAAAACAGUUAAGAAAGGGAACUGGAUGGUCAACCAGCAGGAGUUGAUGAUGGAAGACCUAGAAAAGUCCUCCAAUAACAAUGGAGUUAAAUGAGAUGUGCUGUGAACUAGUAACAUCAUUUAUUUCAUUUUCCUUGUUAGAGUUCUUCUGAUGUGGUAUGAGAUUUCCAAUAUUCAAGCCCUUUCUGGCAAAAAAAAAACUUCCUGACACAUUGCAGCGAUUCUCAACCAGGGUGCUGCAACACCCUGGGGUUCCUUGAUGUUCUUUCUAGAGUGUCACAGGGUGCCACACAAUGUUAGCACUGCUGGAUGGACACACUUAAUCACAAGAUGAACUAGAGAUUUUAAAUAGGAAUCCAUUGUGUCAAAUGCAUUCAGACCUGUUGCCAUAUUUCUGAGUUCUUUGCAACAGAGGAAUUGCUCAUUUAUUUUUUUGCAGUCAAAAAUGAGCAAAAACUAAGAGCUGGCAUUUUCUGAGGGAUUGCUUGAGCAUAUCAAUGUGUAACUUGAACCUGUUGAGGAGUGCCUUGAGUCUAGAAAGGUUGAGAACCACUGCAUUAGUGUCUAAAAAAUAUAUGUAACUUGCAUAGUAUCUGGUUGUCUGGACUAUGCAAUGAGACCUGAUUCUGUUUUCUAUUAUACCAGUGGAAAUCAGGAGUAACCCUUUUGCAAUCAGUGGGCGAGUCUACACAUGCAUUUGCUGAGGUACCAGUUUACUCGUGAGUAAAUUAUUCGGUCCCAGACAGAUGUCCACAUGUACAGGGAAGCAGGACCAGAUCUGCUGCCAUUGGCAGUAAAUCUGCUCCCGCUUCCUGGGGCCCUGCAAUGAGCCCUUGCCACCACCAAGGGUAGCUCCAGGCUCUGGCUGCCAGCAGCUCUCUUCAAAAACCAGUCCCACUUGCUGCUUU